AUGGCGGGUCUCGCACUGAAGGCCAUCGCCUACGGCGCUGAAAAGAUUCCCGACAGCUUUUUCGAAAAGAUCCCCGGUGGCUUCUACAAGGAGAAGGCCAAGGAGGAGCGAGAUCGCAAAGACCGCGAAUUCGAACGAGACCGGGACCGACGUAACGGAGACAGGAGCAGACAAGGACGCAAAUCGCACCGCUCUCACACCCCGUCGCCAGACCGCCAUUCGCCCCCUGACUGGAGCGACGACGAGUUCGAGACUGACCCCGAGUCCGGGACUGAGCGCGAGCGUGACCGAGACCGACGCUCGAGGCGGAAGAGUGACCGUCCAUCACGACCGCGCAGGUUCUCGUCACCGCCCUACAACGAUACAUACUCCCGGCCAAGAGCCCAGACGGGGACUCUGAACGGCAGCAUGACCUUCCCGCCUCCACCCAUGGGCCAAAUGUACGGUCAGUCACCCAGAAGCUCUGUCAGCUUCGUGCCGCCAAUUGCACCGAUUCCGCCGCAAGCGCCACCGGUAGCGAACGGUGUCCCAUACUUUCCGCCUCCGCCGAGGGAUGAUGUCCGCGAAGAACCAAGCCCAUACGCACAGCCCAGGCCCUACAACCCAGCCGACUACGUCGUCGAAGGAGCCAUAAAGUCGCCUAUCGAGAACCCCAACUAUCACCCACCCCAAGUAGCUUAUGCCCCUUCACCCGCCUACGUCCCCGUAGCCGGUGCUGUCCCCAUACCCCCCUUCAACCCCACAGCGUACCCGAGCCCUCCGAACUCCGGUACCUACCCGCCCUACAGCCCCAUUCAGAACCCCUACGCACCCAUUCCACGCGCACCAGGCGCCUAUGCGCCCAGCCCCGCCUUCUCUCCCCCGCACUACUCCCAACCGCCCUCGCGCCACAGCAGCCAGCGCGACCACCAGGACCAGCGCGACCGCCAAAACCGCGGCCGCACCCACUCCGAGUCGCGGCACCGGCAGCAUUACAACGACAACGACGUAAGUUCCAGCGACGCCAACCAGCCGCGGCGCGGGCGGAGCGAGUCUCGCAGAGGCGGCAUCAGGGCUAAGCUGCAUAACAGGUUCGACGGCCUGGAUGGGGGGCAGAAGACGGCGCUGCCGGCGGCCAUCGGUGCGUUUGCGGGCGGCCUUGUGGGCAGUAGCGUCGGGCCUGUCGGGACGGUCAUCGGGGCCACGCUGGGAGGGAUGGGAGGCACGGCGCUGGAGAGACGCCAUGAGAGGUUUGAGAAGGCCAAGUCGAAGGGGAAUGCCGGUGCGCGUGGUGAUAAGGAUGGGCGCAGGCGGAGGCGCGAGAGGAGCAGCAGCCGGAGCAGGAGUGAUGAAUACGACAGCGACAGCUACUGA